AUGGCUUCUCACAAGAUCACCAAGGUUGCUGGUGCACAGGCCACUAACGAAUUCGAGCUUUCUGUUGCUCAAGCUCUCGUCGACUUGGAGAACAACGUUGCCGAGCUCAAGAAGGACUUGCGUCCUCUUCAAAUCACUGCUGCCAAGGAGGUUGAAGUUGGCAGUGGCAAGAAGGCUAUUGUUAUCUUUGUGCCUGUCCCCACCCAAAAGGCAUGGAACAAGGUCCAAGCUCGUGUCACUCGUGAGCUCGAGAAGAAGUUCUCUGAUCGUCAAGUUGUCUUUGUUGCCCAACGUCGCGUCCUUCCUGUUCCUAGCCGUCGUUCCAACCCCAAGCAACCCCGUCCCAGAUCUCGCACUUUGACCGCUGUCCACGAUGCCAUCCUUGAGGACCUUGCUCACCCCUCUGAAAUCGUUGCCAAGCGCACUCGUGUUGCUGUUGAUGGCUCCAAGACCAUCCGAGUUUUCUUGGAUCCCAAGGAUGCUACCUCCCUCGAGUACAAGCUUGACACCUUCUCUGCUGUCUACAAGAAGCUCACUGGCAAGGCUGUUGUGUUUGAGUUUGCUGCCAAUGCUGAUUUGAUCUAA